GACUGAUCGAAAAGUUGACGUCCAGAAAGCAAGCCAUAGCUCCGACUUCCACUUCACACCCACUACCCAAACAACGCACCCACAAUGUUCGGAGGACCGCCCCCACCGCCCAGCAAGGCCGAGCUCGCCGCGCAGGAGAAGGCCGCCAGCCAAGGCCUUACCGCCGCCGCCGUCAUUUGCGUUCUCCUCCACAUCUGUAAGCGUCUCAUCAUCGCACCUGCGCGUGCAGCGAGCCUAAUUCAUUCACAGCUCCCUUCGCUGUCGAGUACGCCCAGCGCAUGUUUUAAGACGAUCGAUGGUUCCUACUGUACUCUACAUAUCCAGCACGAAGAGGACGUAAACGAUGGUAAUUCGGACGUCAUAUUAGAACCGCAGAGUUUACGAAAGAGCGGUAUUGGUGUACUUUCGAGGCUGCACACGCUGUACGCCGGAUGUAUUUUAUCAAGUCUAGCCCGCCGGAGCACCUUCAGAUAGCUUCGCGCGCACAACGACUCCAGGACAUUGAAGCUUUUGUAUUGAUAAUCGUGCAGCAUGGUAU